AUGGAGAAAACAGAGGAAAGCGUCGGGAUCAGAUUUUACACGACGUCGACUCCGCCGCAAAAACCAUCACCACCACCGUCUCGUUCCCCAAAACCCGUCUUAAUCUCUUCACUUCCAACACUUCCGGCAGGAGCCACCGCCGGAGGAGGAAGAGGCCGAAAACGUCGCAUGGUGGCACAAGGAGUUCAAAAAACGGUUUCGAAGACAUCAAUGCUCGUCAACUUUCUUCCGACAGGAACACUCUUGAUGUUCGAAAUGGUUCUUCCGUCAAUCUACCGUGACGGAGACUGCAACGGAAUCAACACACUCAUGAUUCAUCUCCUCUUGCUUCUAUGCGCAAUGUCUUGCUUCCUGUUCCAUUUCACCGACAGUUUCAAAGCAUCCGAUGGGAAAAUCUAUUACGGUUUCGUGACGCCGCGUGGACUCGCCGUGUUUAUGAAACCGCCGCCGCCGGAGUCAGGAGGCGGAGAUGUGAUAGCGGAAGCGGCGAUUCCGGUGAGUGACGAUAGGUAUAAGUUGAGGGUUAACGACUUUGUUCAUGCGGUGAUGAGCGUUUUGGUGUUUAUGGCGAUUGCGUUUUCUGAUCGGAGAGUUACGGGUUGUUUGUUUCCGGGGAAAGAGAAAGAGAUGGAUCAAGUUAUGGAGAGUUUUCCGUUGAUGGUCGGAAUUGUUUGCAGUGCUUUGUUUCUUGUUUUUCCGACCACUCGUUACGGUGUCGGAUGCAUGUCCGCUUGA